AUGGAAGAGGAAUUUAGUCUUUUGACUGAAACAGAAUUUAAUCAAAAUGUUAAAUCACAAAUUAGAUUAAUUCACCAAUUUUUUAGUUAUUCAGCUACAAAUUUUAAAAGUUGGGAAAAUUUUAAGAGAAAAUUUAAAAAUUUUAUUUUUAAAGGCCAUUUUAAAGAAGGAUUUAAUAAUUCAAUGGCAGCUUUACGAAAAAUUUUUAGGAGGACAUAUGGACAGUUUUAUGUUCAAAAUAAACAGAUUUUUAAUAAAUUUGUCAAUGAUUCUUUACUCGUUUUUGAACAAGGAAAUGGUUGUUUUAUUGAGGCUUUACAACAACUUUUUAAAAGAAUAUUUUUAACAGAAUUUUCUCUUCUAAAUCCUUUAGUUCGGAAAUUUUUUCAAUUUAAAUCUCUCCUUAAUUUUAAGCGUUCAAUUGAUAAAGAAAAACAACAGAUAUUAAAUUGUAUUAUGUCACUUUUCCCAAUUUUAAGGCCUUUUGGUUCUGGGCCAGAAGCUAUUUCGCAAUUGACUGGGAGGGCGUUUAGAAUUUGGUCAUCAACAAUUUUUGCAUUAGAACAAAUAUCUCAAAAUUUACAAGUUUUGGAAAAGGCAAAUUUUAUGAGAUUGAAUCUAUCUUAUCCCAAGUCUUUCAAUCCGGGAUAACUAAAAGCUUGGGGCAUAUACAGGGCUGUGCGCCAAAAAUUUUUCGCAUGGAACGCCAAAUGCCAUGACUCUCAGCUCAGCCCUGAUAUAUAGAGACGUCUGGGAAAGAAACAAGAGACGAUAAUAGGGGACAAAGCUGAAUAGGAUAGAGCUUGGGAUAUUUGGAGAAGUAUAGAGGACAAGAUAGAG